CAAACAGCAGGGAGCAGGCGCAGCAGCGACCUGAGCUCGCGCUGCGGAGGGACAAACUAACUUAUUUUAACUUAUUAAAACGUUUCUUUUCGCUUUGGGGUUUUGGCGGGUUGCUGGAGUCACACAGCCACGUCACCGGACAGGUGAAAAGCGGCACGAGACGCACCGGAGCGAGAGACCUGCCGCAGCUCGUCCAACGCGGAAGUUUCAGUGCGGAAGUGAUGAAGACAAGUCGGCUGCUGGCCGUGCUGGUGGGCGGCGUCUUCUGCCUGGCGGUGAUGUCGCUGUAUCGCAUGCUGGAGCUGAUGCAGGGGGCGGAGCUUCAGCAGCACAGGGAGACACCUGUUGGACGUAUGGACGAUGGUUUGUCCCACCUCCAGCAGAAGAUUGACAAGUUGGAACGUCUCCUCAGCGACAACAACCGCCUGGUCGCCACGCUGCGUGACUCUUUACUCCAUCGCAAAGCAUCGUGGGGAACAGGUGGAGGAGGAGGAAAUGUGAGCUCAGACUCCGCCCACAGCCGAGCUGAGACCCUACCUGGCUGCCGAUUGGCCGAAGAGAUGAAAGACAGAACCGACAGAGUGCAGCUCCUGGAUGUUUAUGACCUCCUCGCAUUUGAUAAUCCUGACGGCGGCGCCUGGAAACAGGGUUUUGAGAUCCGUUACCAGGGCAACGAGUGGGACGAGCAGCCACUGGAACUAUUUCUGGUUCCUCAUUCACACAACGACCCCGGCUGGUUGAAGACGUUUGACAGGUAUUAUCAGGAUCAGACGAAACACAUCCUCGACAACAUGCUGAUCAAACUGACUGAAGACAGCAGGAGGAAGAUGAUUUGGGCAGAAAUAAGUUAUUUCUCUAAAUGGUGGGACGACAUCGACGAGCAGAAGAGAGAGAUGGUGAAACGCCUGGUGGGGGCGGGGCAGCUGGAGCUGGUGACGGGCGGCUGGGUGAUGGCCGACGAAGCGAACUCUCAUUACUUCGCUCUGUUGGAUCAGCUGAUCGAGGGACAUCAGUGGAUGCAGCGACACCUGGGUGUGAAGCCGAGCAGCGGUUGGGCGGUGGAUCCGUUUGGCCACUCCCCCUCUAUGACCUACCUGCUGAAGGGGGCGGGACUUCGGGACAUGGUCAUCCAGCGUGUUCACUACGCCGUCAAGAAGCACUUCGCCCAGCAACAGACACUCGAGUUCCUGUGGCGCCAGAGCUGGGACUCCUCCCCCCGCAGUGACAUCACGUGUCACAUGAUGCCAUUCUACAGCUACGACGUUCCGCACACGUGUGGGCCGCACCCCGCCGUCUGUUGUCAGUUUGAUUUCCACCGCCUGCCGGGGGGGCGGGUCUUCUGUCCGUGGAGGAUCCCGCCGCGGCCAAUCACAGAGCAGAAUGUCCAGGAGAGGGCUCUCCUCCUGUUGGACCAGUACCGGCAGAAGUCUCGCCUGUUUCGGUCUCCGGUUCUUCUCGUUCCGCUCGGUGACGACUUUCGGUUCGUCGAGUCGAGCGAGUGGGACGCUCAGUUCACGAACUACCAGAAACUCUUCGACUACUUCGACCAACACCCGGAGCUCCACAUCAAGGCUCGUUUCGGGACUCUGUCAGAUUACUUCAAAGCUCUUCAUCGUCACGUGGACGCAGCGGGGAGGAGUCUGCCGACGCUGAGCGGGGAUUUCUUCACGUACGCCGACCGUGACGAUCAUUACUGGAGCGGCUACUUCACCUCCAGACCGUUUUACAAGCGACUCGACAGAGUGCUGGAGGCGGCGCUCAGAGCGUCAGAAAUCCUCUUCAGCCUGAUGCUGGCAGAAAUGCGUCGUUUCCGUGGCGACGGUCGUCUGGUGGCAGACUUCCCGGCACGUGAACACUUCCGGCGCCUGACGGCGGGGAGGCGGAGCUUGGCGUUGUUUCAGCACCACGACGCCGUCACCGGCACGGCCCGCGACCCCGUGGUGGUAGACUACGGCACCAGAUUGUUUCACUCGAUCCUGAACCUGCGCCAGGUGCUGCAGAGCUCCGCCCACUGGCUGCUGCUAUUGGAUAAGAGCGAGUUCCACCACAACCAGUCAAAACCCCUCCUGCAAAUGGACGACGUGAUUGCAGCGCAGGACGCUCUGCCCCAGAAGACGUCGCUCGAGCUCAGUGAUGAGCCCAGGUCAUUGAUCGUAUUUAACCCGACAGAGCAGCUCCGGACAUCCGUCGUCAGCGUCGUCAUCGACUCUCCGGACGCUCGCGUUGUCGAUGCAGAAACAGGUCGACCAAUGGCUGCGCAGAUCUCUGCAGUGUGGGCGGAGCCGAGCCGGGCGUCCACGGAAGCUUUCCAGCUCGACUUCGUGGCUGAACUUCCUCCUCUGUCGCUCGUUGUGUAUCAUGUGACCAAAGCCUCUGUCGGCUCCGCCUACCGGGCUCAGUACACCUUUCAUCGUCGUGGCAACCCACCAACCGUCCAGACCGAACACUUCCAGGUGUCCCGCCCACAAGGACCAGAGGCCGGCGCCCCCCUGUCGCUUAGCAACAAGCACGUACAAAUAUGGAGCUCCCCGGAGACCGGCCUGCUGCAGAAGCUCCGUCUGCAAUCUGGUCUAGUCCGUCAGAUCCAGGUCCAGUUUCUGUGGUACGGAACAAGAACCAGAAGAAACCAGGACAAGAGUGGAGCCUAUCUGUUCCUGCCAGAGGAUGAGGGGGCCCAGCUCUACUCAUCUUCAGAGCCCCCCCUGGUUCGGGUCUCCAGAGGUCCGGUAUUCUCAGAGAUCACUUCCUGUUUCCGACACUUCACACACAGAGUCCGACUCUAUCACCUGGACGGGCAUGCUGGGAAAUCCCUGGAGAUUUCCAACACGGUGGACAUCAGGUCGGAGGUCAACCGUGAGCUCACCAUGCGGCUCAUCAGCAGCGUUGCCAGUGGCAACCGUUUCUACACCGACCUCAAUGGUUUUCAGAUUCAGCAGCGUCGCACUCUGUCGAAGCUCCCCCUGCAGGCCAACUUUUACCCGAUGAGCUCGGCGUCCUUCCUGCAGGACUCAGUGUCCCGUAUGUCCCUCCUGUCGGCUCAGAGUCAGGCCGUCGCAUCACUCAGACCAGGUGAGCUGGAGGUGGUGCUGGACCGGCGGCUGCAGCAGGAUGAUAACCGCGGUCUUGGUCAGGGCGUCACCGACAACAAGCUGACAGCGAGUCUGUUCCACCUGUUGCUGGAGGACAGGAAGGGCGGGGCCCAGGAAGUGGGAGGAGCCUCAGUUGAGCACCUGUCGCUGCUCGCCCACCUGACCUCCCUCUCUCUCUGCCACCCUCCGAUCACCAUGGUCGCCCCUAGCGACAGCCGGCUACCAAAGCUCCGCCCCUUCCUGCCGCUGCGCUCGUCGCUGCCGUGUGACGUUCACUUGCUGAACCUGAGGACGCUGGAGGAUGCGAAGGAAGCAGACGUUCCAUCACAGGAAGUGGCCCUCCUCCUCCACAGGAAGGGCUUUGAUUGUAGCUCCGCCCCCGAGCCACCACUGCAGUGCACGUGGAGCAUGCACGAGGAGGUGAACUUGGACGAUCUUUUCUCUCCUCUUCAGUUUCGUGCUGUCCGUCGGUCGGGUCUCACGCUGCUGCGCGAAGACGAUGAACCGGAAUCCGCCCAGCAACAGCAGCCGCCGCGCAUCGCCCGCCUGCGGCCAAUGGAAAUCAGUGCUUUCCGUGUGGAGAUCAAUUAAAAAAACAAUUUGUUUGUAAAAGUUCAGGUCAGCGAAGGUCAGACGCCGAAUCACCUUCUGGAUUAACAUAACGAGGACAUGUUGGUAAUUAACGUACACGUCACACUGAACGUUUCAGGGUCUUUGAACACACCGUCCUGCAGCAGUGAACUCAGCACCCUGCAGCUCUGUGAUUCGCCCGUUUUCAGCACAUGACCCUGCUGUCACCGGGACCCGAACGCAGUCUGGAUCCUCAUCUCGGGUCCCAAAACCCGAUACUUAAUUGUACGUUUUAUUCACUCAGCAAACGUUGAUUCCCGACAUCCGUUAGCCUGUAAACGCAACGCGAUCACGCUAAUUAAACGUAAUUUAUAUAGAAAUUCUUCAAACAAACAGGUCAGUCUGAAGGUCAAGGGUCAAACAUAGAAAACGUUCUUUUUAAAUGAAGAACAAACCUGAGGAACACUGGAACAUGACGCGUGUGUUUCAACACUAAACAGGUGACAGGUUGCUAUGGCAACAAAAAGGGACCAAAUGAAUGGAUCGCUCGUUAGUGUUCACUGAAUGUGUGUGUGUGUCUCUAACUGCUGUUCUGUUUCUGUCAGUGAAAUUGGGUUUUUUUUUUUGACAGAAUGUGGGAUUGUGGGUAAACUGUGAUUGAUUGUUUUAUUGAUCUGCAGCGCUGGAUCUUUUUAUUCGGUGUGUUUGAUCGAGGAUCGUGUCCAGAAUGCACAUAUUUACUUCACGUACUUCAGACGUGGUUUUCUGUUUUGCUGUGAAAGGGAACGUUUCGGGAAUCUGUUCGAUCUUGUGGGUAUUUUUUUAAUUGAGAAAUUCUCUAUAUUUUCUGUAAACAGUUGUAUUGAUGAAUUAUGUGAAGUAUUUAAAAGUUAGAAUUCUAAGAAAAUGAUUUUUACCUCCAGAAAUGUGUUAAAAUACAAAUGUUGUGUUUUUCUUGUAUUUUUACUUUGAAUACAAAAUAAAUUAUUGUUUAAUUUUC